CCAAGCUGGAUGGAAUAAAGAGAACCUGUUUAAUAGAAAAGACACCUUUGACGCUAAAUAGCUCAUUGAACGAACAAGAAAUCACACCUUGUGAGAGGAUUUCGCCUCCAUAGAGCUCAUCAGUUUUUCUUGGUGCUACAAAGUUUGCCAUCUUAAGCGAUUCUUAGUUUUGAAUUAUCUAUUCCAACCAACAAACGGUGAGUGCAAAGCUGUUAUAUUACACAUUGCAUUUAGAGAGUGUUUCGAUUCUUCAUCAGUAACGAUGUUAAAGAUACGCCUAUUAACAACAUAGAAAUCUAAAAACCUGAGCAAAAGUUAAUACCGGCCAAAAAGAAACAAAAAAAAAACCAGUUAGGCGCACAAUCAUAAAGAAAGCAAAACUUUGGGAAACACGUUGUCAAUCCCUCGCAUUUGAGAAUAUAGAUUGCAUAGGAUCAAAUUUCUCGAUAGUCAAAUUUCUAAAAUGAAAAAGAGGAAUUGACCAAGGCAAGAGUUAAACUAAUUGUGAUUCAAAUAGACCGUUUGGAUACUUGCGAUAGAAAAUAAAUUAAAAAAAAACGAAAUAACGGAUGAAUACGAAAAGAAAAAUAGUUAUUUUUAGUCAGGAUACAAAGUGAAUGAGGAGUAAGUUGUCUUAAGGAGGUUCUAUAAGGCUUUUAGUGAAUGUUGGCGCGCGAGCCAGCGUAAUGUUAUUCUAGAAAAUUUUUAUGUGUUCGCUCUUUAAGUUUACUAAAAGCCGUCAAAAGGCAAUGAGCACGGUUCGGACUAUCAUUUGCUGUGGUGAAUAUUAUUAAAAUGAUUUUCGUUCGUAAGCUAGGGCUCCACGAAGGGAGGCGCUCGCCAGUAACAACUUGGCUUCGCCUUUGAUUUUCUUCAAUUUGAUACGGUGAAAUCUCUCAAAGUUUUCACAAUUUGUGAAAAUUGUCCUGCCAAUCAUUUAAAAGCCGAAAAAAAUAGGGGUUAUACAGGCAGUUUCCUCGCUAUUUGAAAUUUUGUGUUUUCUUCCUCUAUCUCAAAUUUGGUCAUAUGAAUUGUUUUUAUCAACAGGCACUAGGAAGGGCACAAAUAUGUUUAACGGUCCAGCAAAUCUUAGGAAAUUCCACCGAAGGAAACGCGAAAAAUCUCACUUAAAAGAUCCAUGUUUUCUUUGUCGCAAAACAUUACAUAAUGGAAUAGAACUUCGCCAAGAUCGAUAUCUGAGCAUGCGUAGACUUUCGAAUUUGUCGUCCUUUGAGAAUCUUUCCCGCGGUGUUAUCUUUCGUUUUACCUCUAUUUCAGGCGUAGAGGGCCUAUGAAUAUUACGGGUGUAUUUGCUAGAAAACCUACAUUUCAUCACGUAGGUAAUUGUAUUGUGUUAAACUGUUUUUAACACUCCUUUUCAGGUAACAAUCGUGCGAUCGUAUCGAGCCGCCAUGUUUGUUUUGCAUGUUGACACCUUUAAAGCUCGUGCUAUGUUCUCACCCAGAUCUCGCGCGGUCAAAAAAACCCCAUGGAGCCUCCUUGAUUUUAGAUAAGCGAUGGAAAAAUUAUGUCAUUCUAGAUCAAACUUUGGACUUUAAAUUAAUUUUUUUGUUUUUCAUUUUUACUGACAAUUUCUCCCUUUUUUUGUUUCUGAACAUAAUUAAGCUUUUGAGAAAUGAACUCGUUCUUUUUGUUAAUUAUUCAUUCAAAAACACGGAAGUGCAAGUCAUUGUAAGCUUGAAUUGAAAACACUUUUCAGAAACGGUCCGAUUAUCUCAUGUAAAUUGCGAAAUGAAUAAUUACGAACUUAAAAAAUAUUGAACACAAUAAACAGACGCCAAAUCGGCCCUUAUAUCCAACAUUGAAAACUGCUUAUAAUUUCUUAACAAGGAGACUUCCCUAAAAGGCGGCGUCUGUUUGUCUAACAUCCAUCUUAACAAAGCAUUUGUCGAAAAAUAGUUUUUUGAAAAAUAUCUACACUAUCAACCUUUCCAUAGCUACCAUAUGUAACAGGCAGUUUUUUUUCUCAGAAAGUGAAAACUUCUAAUGAAAAUGGAGCUUUAGACUCGUUAAAGCUUGUCUCAGCACACAUAAUUAUUAUUUUUUUCAUAUUUUGACAUGACAAAUCUAUUAAGUUACGUCAUCAACAUAUUGGUCAAGCUCUAUUAAUUAAAAACGUAAGUUGACGCCUAAGAGCCGAACUUCUCACAUUUCAAUCACCGAAAGAAGCAUCGUUUCAUGCUACGUUAAGAGGUUAUACGAAAACUUCUUUAUGGAGCGUAUCCUGAAUCAAAAUGACGCUUUUGACAUAUUUUCAAAUAACAAAUUAUUGAUUGUUGGGCCAUUUCUCUUCACUUGGGUAUUAGCCGGCUUAGAUCCGCAACACAAACUAUUUUGACGAAGUUUUUCCUAAAUGGAUUUCUUCGGUUUUCUAGUUUAAUCGUCUAUUGGUCCCUCUUGAAAAUUUCUCAAGUUGUAUCGUUUCUAAUGUUAUCGUUUGUUUCUCCGUGCUUUUUUAUUUUAGACUCGCGCCGAGGAGCGUUCAGUAUGAUUCAUUCCAAAGUUCAGAUGUUAAAAAGCGCAAUUGAAAGCCAUCUCACUGUUCGUAUUCUCCAGCGGAAAUUCAACCUCGCAGAUUGUUCUUACAGAAGGCUUACCUCUCAUGACCAAGACGAAAUAGACCCACCUAAAGAAGAAGACGCAACGGCAAAAUAUGGGGAAGAAACUUUCCAAUGUAGCAAACUUCAUUGUGAUGAAAACGAUGAUUCUUUUGAGCGAGUGAAAAUACCACGACAAGGGAAAAAAGCUCAAGAAGGUAACAAAGAGCUCCACCUUGGAGGAUCUGCCAGCGGGAAAUGCUCAAGGGAGGAGGAUCAGGUUUGUGUUCCGCAUGAAAAUCAAAAAGCACAUGUUAUAACGGGAUUGCAAAAUAACUCGAAUUUCAAGACUAGACAGUUUCAGCGCAGCAAAAGGUUCUGCCAUAAAAUGCUUGACACUACCCCUGAAGUUAGAAAACAGCAAACCUCCAAAAUGGUUGAAGAAGAAAGAACGCCCGUGAACUUUGACGGUUUUAAGAGUUUUUCGAGAGGAAGCUCGGACCCCUCUCCAAGAGUGGAGAAAGCUAAAUACACAAAAACAUCCCAGAACAAACAACUGGAAUUUGAGUCAGAAUUUUUCAACGACACCCAACGUCUUUGCGAAAAGGAGAAACAUUCCUCUGCUGGACCAGUUGGAAAAUUAUUAGGUGCAGGUGACGCUGACAAAAAAGAGGUGGAAAGGAUCUUUGACGAAAGUAAAUUACGCCAGAAUAAAAGUGUCCGGAAAGUGGACGCCAGAAAUAACUGCUCUGGAAUAAGUUCUCGCUUUGGUAGCUCGAAAACAUUUCAAAGAGGAGCAAAGAGUCAAAAAUUACCAUUUAAAUCACCAGGAUUCCGUUACAGAAAACUGAAUGAGAAUGAUAACGAUAAUCAUGAAGUUAAAAAGAAGUCUCGAUCAAUGAAGUCAGCUCAAAAGGAAGGUCAGUCGGCUAAACCGCCGCUAGAACGGGUCCCUAGUUGGCGGGGUAGCAAAGUUGCCAAAGAAAGACUUUCUCAACGCCGCUCCGCUGUAUGUGACAACAUUGAGAAGCAGCUGAGAGACCAGUAUGGUAUCAGCUUACGAAACUUACGGAAAGGUUUGGUAAUAGACGAAGUACUGCGAGAAUAUGAUUUGAUAUGAACUUAAGGAUUAAAACGGUUAAAAUGUCAGCCAAUCUACCGCUAAUGGUUGAUAUCUUUCCAUUGUGGUCACCAGAACUUUUUCUAAGAUUAAUUAACACUUUUUAACGACUAACGUUAAAAUUUGGAAAUUUUUACGCUUAACAGCUGAAUUUUUGUUGCCGUUUUGCGGCCAACGGUUAACCCCCAUUGAGAUCCUCUUAUCGAAGUAAUUUUGCGAUGAAAUAAAUAUCCUGUUUUACACAGCUAAUGGCUGGCGGUCCCGUGUUGGAAAUUCAAAGCUGAGCAGCAUAAAAUCGAGAAGGAAAAAGGUAAGGAACAAAGGAAAAAAAGGAAACAGAUAGUAACCAAUACUUCAUAAAUUAAUUACCUUAAAUGAUUGCGUGCACUUAUGCACCGGGAGGAGCUUACUGUAAAGUCUAUAUCAACCGACAUGGCAUUCAAGAGGAUUUCAAUGGGGUUUACCAUUGGCCGUAAAAUGGCCAAAGAAUUUUGCUGUUAAGCGUAAAAUUUGACAAAUUCUAACCAUUAGCCGUAAAAAAAGUUAAUGGGUUAAGCAUGAAAAAAAAAUACUGGUGACAACUACGGAAUGAUAUUAAAAAUUUAGCCAUAAAAUGGCCAAAAUUUGAACCGCUAGCCUUUAAAGCCUUCAACCAAAGGGACAUCUAUAACUGAAUCAGUCAUACAUGAAAUCAAACAUGAACUAUCGAUAAUAUUUACUUCCCAUGUCCAAUCGAUUCCAUGAGACAAAUUUACUGGCUUGAAAUUUUUGCGGGAUCCACUUAUGGCUUAAUGCUUGUUAUGGCCGCUAAAUAUAAUAAAGGUUUUGAAAGAGGGUAGCAUCAAUUUUUGGAUAAAUUGUUUGGCACGAUUUAAGUUUGAUAAAGGCGUACUAAUUGUUUAACACGGAAAAAUAACCUUUCAAAAAUAUUCAAGCGUCUCUAUGAUUUAAAGACGAAAGUUGAGAUAAGAAAUGGCCUUUGUAGAAUUUGGAAAAAAGAAUUGAUGUAAAUUGUAAAGCGAAAUGGAUGAAGCUGGACCUUUUAAAAAUGUCUAGACAGUUAAUUUUGAUGUAUAAGUAGCCGAUAAUGACGCAAUUGCAACGCAAAAACAGGCAGAAACAGGAAUUAUUUUUCAAAGUAUUAGUUCAAACCUUAGAAUCCACUGAAUAAUUUGCUUUUCUGAGCCCA